UGGAGAGUUAGAGGAGGUUCUCUGGGUGACUUCGAGCACGAGAGCCUCAGACACGAAUCUUAUCUACUCUACAACCAUUACACCAGAAGACGACACCGGAACACUCUGUAAACACGACUCAAAUUAUCGGUUUUGCCUCUAAAGUUUCAUUCAGAAGAGGAACAAGUUACACCAAAAAGAAUAAUUUUCCACUGUACAAGUCAAAAAAUCUUGCAAAGUUACAAAAAGAACAGCAUCAAUAACGACAAAGUUAGUGAGAUGUUCCCCCGUGGUGGUGCGUCCGUGGCAGGUAUGAAGGUCCUGGUGAACUUUGUGAUGACAUCACUGCUGCUGAACCAGGCCGCUGCCACUCUCCAGGAUAACAUGGUCAACGUUGAUGACUACAAAGUGGCGGGACAGGCUACAGGUGGACAGGAGGAGGGAAUGUCGUGGCUGGAGGCGGGUGGGCCGGAGAGUCAAGUAGCCAAGUCCAGGGUGCGGCGGUUCAUCCCGUUCCCCACCGGCAGCCUCGUGAACUUAGAGUUCACACUGACGAUCCCUGUCGACGGGUUUAGCGACGUGGGCGAAGUAGAGACGAUUGCCGACUUCACUUUCUUCCUGCCCAACGACACUAUCAGCUGGGCUAGGAACUACCAGCACAGUGCCUCAGACCGCAUCAACGUCUACCACCGUAUGGAGAAAUUCCUCAACAGAAUGGGGUACAACGGCCACGCCUGCACCCUGAGGACCCUCUGUGAGAUCGCAGAGUCCCCAUUCGAACACAGUCUCUACGGUGAAGUGGUUAAUCUCGUCUUAUCGGCGUCCGGCAGUCCGGAUGACCAGUCGGUGUACGACGAGUACAGGACAGCAGAGUACUAUGGUAAAACCCAUGGCCAGUGUGACCAACUCUACCCAGGGUGUCCUACCUCCGUCCUUGACAAAAUUUCGCAGGCCUUCACUUUCUGAUUUCGGUGAACGCUUAGUCGCGCUGUAGUCAUCUCAUUUUAACGUCUUCCGAUUCACCGUGAAGCUUCAGGUAGUGAGUGACACCGAUCCUCUUUUAUGUAUUACGAUUUACUGAAGAGUUUCAAGCAUUGCACAAAAAUUAUUCUCUUGUUUUCAGUAGUGUCGAGUCAUGAUGAGCUACACUCCCGUUUGCUAGGUUGACUUCUAAGCGAGAUUCCUCACAAAUGUAUAUUAAAUAUUGCUUUUCUUAAUAUUAUUUCAAAGUACAUUUUUUUUUUUACGGGGAUUGGCCCACCCGGGCACAGGUCAAUAACCCACAUCGGGGCCUAGGCGACGAAAAA